UUAUAUGAAUUCAAGCACUGUGAUUAUAAGAAAAAGACAGUCUAAUAAUAUUAAGACGAUAAGUAGUUUCUCAAUAUUGUUUAACAAAGAUCGUCUGUAUAUGAUGCACUCCACAUUUAGCGAUCGGCCACGCGGGCUCGGAUAUUCGCCAACUGAUCUCCCGGCCUAGACAUCUGUCGCGGCAGCGCGACGCCGGCCCGCUGAAUGGCUGUUAGGUACUGUGUGUCUGUUGACACAGAGGUCACGCGCGCUGGCUGGCGGCUUUGGCGGAGCUAACGACCCAAUAUCAGACAGAAUCUUUUUCACAAACUUCUAACGGCGCCAGACGUCUUGUUUUGUGCCAAGCAAUUCGAUUUUCCAGCUGAUACCAUCAUGAAACUGUAGCAUCAUCGGUGCAAGUUUGUGUAGAUGUGAUAAUGCACGGCAGACAGACAUGGGGCUGUCUGGCUCUCUGUCUGCAUUUCAAUGAUUUUUAAAGAAAAGAUUAGUCUGCAGUCAGAUACACACAACUUUUGAUUUGCAGGGAAGGACCACCAGGGUUAAACUUGUUUUACUAUGGAGUUUGACAAAGCCCUCUCAGAAUCUGUGGACAACAUCAUGAACUUUGCCGAAAUUCUGUACAAAUGCACUUUAUGCACAACCUUGCCAUCAAUUCUCACUUCAAAGACCAGUUUUGUUUCCCAUGUCAAAGGUCAACACUUCAAUAGGAAUCACACUAGGUGCCCAGAAUGUUCAUUGACUUUUGAAACAGAAGAGGAUCUACAUGCACACUCAAGGUCAUCUCACUGUGUUGAGCUUACAUCUAAGAAGGAAGAGAAUUCUGACUCAAAGGUCAUUAGAGAAGAGGAAAUAACAUCUGUUGAAGAUUCAUUAUCUUCUCCUACGCAAGAAUUGGAACUGGAGAAAGGUGAGAAUAACGUUGGCAUGAAUUACAAUAGAUGUAGCCAAUACAAUGCUACUUGCAAACCAGAUAUCACCAGCAUUGAAGUGAAUUGUUCAGCAGACAAACAAUUGCCCUUGAAACUGGACAGCCAAGGUGUCUCGGAAGUGAUGGAACACCCAUGGCCUGAGAACAGACCCACAGUUAAUAUUGAGUAUGGACUGGAAAACUCCAUCCGCCAACAUUCUUGUGUGAACAAUUUGACCAAAAUUCAUGCAGUGGCUGACCAAAUUCUGGCAGUCAAUUCUACCAGAGCCAAGCCAGUGGGAAGCAAUAUGAUAAUUUCUCCAGGAUACACACCAGAAUUCGGAAAGUUUACUAAACUGGUGAGAGAGGGGGGAAAUAUUGUGUAUUUUUGUCAAGUGUGUAACUGGAAAUCACAAAUCAAGUCCCAUUUUCAAAUUCAUUGUCAAGGAAAGGCUCACAUUGAGAAACUGAAAUGUGCGGAACAUGAUGAAAAAUCUCCAUCUCCAACACCUAGAAGAGAACAGUUCACUAAAGAAAUACAAUGUGACUCAAAAAGGGAAAGUCCCAUGAACUUGUCAACAGACAUUGGGAAUAGCUCCUCUAAGACUGGAUCUCCAUUGAGAUUAGCUUCAGGUAGAAAUAAACUGGAACACCAAAAUAAGCGAAAGAGGAGUGUCACGAUAUCUCUGCGGAACCAGAGCUCAGAUCGAGAUGGAUGGCAGUCUAGCGACUCCGAUUCAGAUUCUUCAGAUUUAAAUAGGACUAGGCCUUUCCACAGUGGUAGGACACCUGUGAAAAAAAGAUACUCAAAGGAGAACAAAACUAGUCCUGAUUCGGAGAUGAAUUCAAAGGUAGACAACUCCUGUAAACCUGUUUUACAUGGGAACUCGGACUCAGAUAGUAAUCAUUUACACAUCAGUCAUACACCAAUGAAGCACUAUUCAUCAAUGUCCCUGCCUUCAAAGGACUACUCAGAAGAAAUUCCUGCAAAAUUUCCUUUUGGACUAUAUAGUCAAAUUCAUAAUCAGAUUUUAUGGAAUUUAAGUAAUAAACCUUCAGAAAAGGGAAGAAACACGCCAGACUCUCAGCAUUCUGCUUUAGACAGUUUUACGUAUAGUGACAGGAAUUCCUCUUUAUCCACUCAGGUUUCCUCACUCAGGGGAUCCCCAAUCUACCCGGAUGUUGUGAAAUCGGAUUCGGAUUAUAUGUACAGGUGCUCUUUGUGCUCGUUUGGAUGCAACAGAAUUCAAGAAUAUAGAGCUCAUUUUGAGUUUCAACAUGAGCAUGGAAACUCUGUUAAUGAGCAGGGUCCACUUUAUGGAAAUGAGGGAAAAGAGUUAUGGAAAGUUAACAAAAUUAAGGAAUAUUUGUCAGAGUUGAUUUGCCCUUUCCCUAAAGGAAAUGUCUCUCGAGAUCUCCUGCUGCAGAAAAUAAGUUCUUCGGCCCAGCUUCCUGAGGCAAUCCAUUGGGGACCUGCAUGUAAUCGUGCUGUGCGAGAAAUUUUCCCAGACACACUGGCACAGAGGAAGGGAAAGUUCAAAAAGACUUAUUUCUUUGGUGUGUCCUUCAUUGAACAAGUCCAGGAACCAGCAGAUGACCUCAGUGACCCAGAGUUGAUGCAGUACCAGCCACUAAGAGAUAUGUCUCAAGAUCUUGAAAAAAUUCUUGAACACCUGCACAAUCUUGUAGAAUUUUCUGAUGACCUGGAGUGUUCCAUUUCUAGAGACGAUCUUCUGACAAUUCUUCAUAAACGAAUUGAUGAGCCUGAUGUCUUGUACUGGGGUAUGCAGUGUAACAGAGCCAUCCGAAUUGUCUUUCCCUCAGUCAUUAUCAAACGCAAAGGAAAGUUCAAGACUACAGUUUAUCAAGGUGUUGACUUCAAGGAAGAUGUGAGAUCAGAACUACAACAGCUACCAUUAUCCAUGCCAAGUAAAAGGGGACGACCAAGAAAAAUUAGCACCGAAGAUUCAAGCGAGCUAUAUCAAAUGGGAAUGAACUGGACUGAUGCCAUCCGGACAGGACACAGUGAGACGUAUAAAAUGUUUACCAAUAUCCACAUUCCACGACCUAUGAACAGUGAUCACCUGCCUGUGACCCGUGGUUGGGGACCCUCACUUGCUUAUCAUGACACCGAUGACCCACAAAAACAGACUCGCACCCCGAACUCAACAUUCCUUCCACAGGACAGUGGGAAUUUAAAUUCUCACUCAGAAAGUGAACUGAAAGAUAAAAAAUCACGGGAGACUUCUCCGUUUAAUAACUUAUUGAUGAAAGACGUCAAUAUGCAGAUAUUUAAUGGAGUGAAAUCAAAAUCGGUAUUGCAUUGCAAUAUUAAGGACAGUUAUACAGAAAGAGUCCAAGCAUAUGCGAGUGAAAAUGAGGCCAAAAGUGUAAGUGAUAUGUUGAAACACAAACACACUCCAAAUCAGAAUGAAGAUGAUCAAAGUGAUGAUGAUCAAAAUGAAAAUACAGAUGAAGAUGCCGAUGAUGAAGAAAGCAUUGGACCAAGUAUUGAAGAUAAAGAUAUUGACUAACUAUAAAGUCAUAACAAAAUGUUGCAUACUAUCGUUCCAAUAACAGCGUGCUACUUCGCUUGAUCGAGCGUGCAAAUUUCACUUACUGAUUGGCUGUGUGGUUUCUACAAAAGUGAGUUUGAAUGACCACGCUACGUCAUUCUUUCUUUGAUUGGUUACUGAGAACAAAAGUAAAACCAGUUUCAUUGAAGUCUAUGAGAAGCCUAUGUUUGCACGGUCGAUCAAGCGUGGUGUCAUGCUGUUAUUGAAAUGAUAAUACUAGUUACAAAAUGUUGAAUACUAGUAAUCCAUUCCAUGAGACUCAGAGAGAUCUUCUUUGUUGUUUUUGUUAGAAUUCUGUCAGAUAACUGAUUUGUUGAUUCAUGCCAAUGAAUAUAAAUAGUGCUAAUACUGUUCAA